CUACAAUUAUUCUUUUAAAGAAUAUAUUAGUUACUAUGAAAUAAAAAGAAAAGAAAGAGAAAUGUUAACUGAAAAGCAAAUACUGCAGGAUUUUGAAAAUAUUGAGCGGGAACUCACUGUUGAUUUAGAGAUUGAAAGAGCUGAGAAAGUAUCUUCUGAAGCUGAGACUGAAGAAGACACAGUAAAAUCAAGUUCUAAAACUGAGGUAUUUAUGAAUAGAGUGUAUGAGAUAAGAAUUCAACAAGUCGAAGAGGAAAUUAUAUCAAAACGAAAUAAAAUUCUUGACGUUAUUAAUAAACGAAAAAUGAUCAUGGAAGAUCUUGUAAAAUCCAAGAAGAAGGAAAUAGAAGCAAAUGUUAAUCUUAAAGGGGAAGAAAUGCGAUAUUCACUGACUGUGUUCAAAGACAAGGAAUCUCAGAUAUUUUGUUCAUUAAAAAAUUUAUAUCAUGAUAUCAUUGAGCUGAAAAAAGGGAAAGAAGAAGUUUCUGUCAGCCCUAAAGAUGUUGAAAAUUAUCUGGCAAAGGAAUUUCUGAAAGCAAAAAUUACUGUAAAGCUGGAAAAUCUCUUUGAUGUUGCCAUCAGCCUGAAAGAAGAAGAAAUAGAAAUACUACAAUGGGCGAAGUUGAAACAAAUGGAAAAGAAUGUGUCUUUAAUGAAGAAGAAAAUUGAAAAAGUGAUCCUAGAUUCAAAGAAAAGGCUCGAGAAGGAGCUUCAAAUUUAUAGGAAACAAGAAACAAUCCGUGCUAUGGAAUAUGCCAGUUUGAAAAAGUCUUCUGCAACGCAAGUUACUUUAAAGGAGUAUAACAUACCUUAUGAAGAGAUAUUUCCUGACGUUAAACUAUUUACAGACUUCUUGAAUACAUUUGCACUUCCGUUCAUAGUUAAGACAAAGCAAACCACCUUUUUGAGUGAAAAUUUAACGUAUUUGACUGGAACAAUGAUGGAAAAGUUAGAAGGUCACAUUCCUCUAGCUGUGCCACAGUCAUUUGCUUUGCAAGGAGUUGUUGGUCAUCUUCUAAAAUUAUACGAAGGAGAAAUUCAGACACUAACAAAGGUUUUUGGUUAUAUCGAAAAAGAGUUCAAUGCUGCUGCUGAAUACGGAUUUUCUUUAACAUUCAAUAACGAAUUCCAAACUUCGAAAGACAAAAAGGAAAUAGCAUUUGAUAUUUCUGCUGUAUUACAGAGUAAUACCAGCUUACUUAUGUUAGGAUCAUAUCUAAACUCCAACUGUGAUAUUGCUUUCAAUUUAGGUUGUAAUUUCGGAGCAGUAUAUUUUGAGGAAACUGAGAAAAUUUCCAAAUGGACACCACUUUUCUCAGAUCUACACGAAAUGGCAAUCGAUGUCGGCUUACAAGACUUGUCUUUUGACGAAAACUUAGAUUCGUUGGCAACAGAGUUUGAUCGGAUGGUUUCCACAUCGUCUAAUUGCUCUCUCUUUGAAACUUUAAUCGGUGAUUUUGGAUUGCUUGAACAAAUAAGAGUCACCAUUUUAGAACUACAUCAUCUGAAAUUAGUGUGCAAACAAUGUAACUUGCAGAAUUUGUCGGAAGAAGUGAGUCUUCCCUUUGAAACGAUUCAACGUUUUCUGAGCUCCAAUGACAUAAAUACUAAACUGGAAUCUAUACCUGUUGAGUCUGGUCAUCCAAAAUAUGAUGAUGCACUGACAAUCUCUAUUGUUAUUGAUACAAUUCUCACUCGUGGAGCAUUGUUAACUUCGAUUUUUUUGAGCUCCCUUUUGGAAAAAAUUAAUAAGAAGUGUGUGGUUGUGCUUAUUCACAGUUUUUUCAUCAAAGAAUGUUUGGAAUAUAGAGAGAAGAUAGAAAAAUCCCUAGCAACUCUCUCGCCAGAAAAAGAAGUAGAAUUUAUUUUUUGUGACAGUACAAAUUGUGACAUGGGGGCAGCAUUAGCCGCUGCCGUAGAAAAUCAUCAACAAAGGAAUUGUCGAAAACACUAUCUUCGAGAGCUUCAGAGGCGUGUUUCUAUAAAAAAUACGUUAUUUUCUGUUAAAAGUUUCUUACAAUUAUUGAACGAACCAGAAUUAACUAUAGAAGCUUUAGAGUUAGCCCAUUUAUAUUAUCAAGAAGUCAACUUUGUCAUUCCUUUGUCUGUUGUAUGGGCUUAUUAUUUUAUAAACGAAAACUAUUCAGAAGCUGAUGAAAUUUUCAAAACUGUACCUAUUUCAUUCAAGAAAGUGAAUUUUAUAAUAUGCGAAAAAAUUUGCACUUCUGAAAACUUUGAAAUGUGCAAAAAGUAUUUACAGAUUUUGGAAGAGAAAUGUUCGGAUCGUAGAACAAUUAUAAAAGCUUAUCGCUUAAUCUUCGACUUGCUGGUUUAUAGGAAUAAAUAUGAAGAAAGCAUAAACAUGAUAGAAGACUUAAUGAAAAUGAAUAUCCCAUUGAGCAAACUGAAAUUGCCUACCCUUAAUAUAUUGCAUGCCUACUGUAAAAGAAUGGUAGCAGAAAAGACUGUCAUUCAAUUUCCUCUUCCUCUCAAAAUUUCUGGAAUUGGGAGUGCUUGAUAAAUAUGCACUGUUACUGCGAAUGAAAGUUUUUACUAUUUAUAUUUAAUAUUAUAGAACUUUUGUCUGUCUAGAACUACUUAUAAAUUAAAAUAAAUCACCUGACAUUAUUUAAAGUCAAUUUUUGAAGAAAUGAUUGGUGUCAUUUGAUAUAAAAUCGUUUUCCUCUUAACCUCUUCUGAUUUUCUUUUUGUCCUGAGUUUUGUGAUUUAAAAAAGAAGAAAAUGUAUUGUUUGCAAUGGUUAAUUCCCGUUCUUCUAAUUCCAAAACCUGUGAAUCCAGCUUUAUUGCAAAAUCACAUGAUGUUUAUGGUCUUGUAUUUGACUGGGUUUUUUCUGGAACGAAAACCGUGCACUAUUUGCAGUUUAGUCUUCCUCAUUGCAGUAUUUCUUAUUUGCUACAGUGGAAUGGGUAGCUGUAUGUUUUCAACAUUUACAAACUGCAAUUCUGUGGCCUGCGAUAUUUCUGCGUAGUGGAUGGCAAGAGGAAAUGUACUGUUAAAGGAUGCCAAAAUAGCCAUUUUAUUCGUGGCUAUCGUUUUCCAUCUACUACAAAGCUCUAAUUACCUUAUGUUUUCUCUAUAAUGUAUUGUGAAAUAUGAAGAAGAGAGAUUUAA